CCCGCCCGCCUGCCUGUGGUCUGCAAGUCUCGUCUCGGGGACGGAGGAGGGGCGCCGAAGGCCCCAUGUGUGGGAGGAUUGCUUCAGCUUCACAAACUUACACGGAUUUCGGUUGCCUCUUUGGCCAGCGGUUCUGCCCGGGUUUCUUCCGAAUUGUUGCAAAUUCUCCAUUGUUCCCCGGCUGCUUACAAAGUUGGAUCUGGAAUUUCUUUUCGACCGGGAGCCCUUGGUGUCGAAGUGUCUGCAAUGAACCCCGUGAAUGCUACUGCUCUCUACAUUUCCGCGAGCCGCCUAGUGCUCAACUACGACCCCGGAGACCCCAAGGCGUUUACAGAGAUUAACAGGCUCUUGCCUUACUUCCGACAGUCCCUCUCGUGCUGUGUCUGCGGACAUUUGCUACAAGAUCCUAUUGCACCCACCAACUCCACCUGCCAACACUAUGUCUGCAAAACUUGUAAAGGCAAGAAAAUGAUGAUGAAACCUUCCUGUAGCUGGUGCAAAGACUAUGAGCAGUUUGAAGAAAACAAGCAGUUAAGCAUCCUAGUGAACUGCUACAAAAAACUGUGUGAAUAUAUAACACAGACAACACUGGCACGGGAUAUCAUAGAAGCAGUUGACUGUUCUUCUGAUAUUUUGGCUUUGCUUAAUGAUGGAUCAUUGUUCUGUGAGGAGACAGAAAAACCCUCAGAUUCAUCCUUUACUUUGUGUUUAACACAUUCCCCUUUACCUUCAACCUCAGAACCCACAGCUGAUCCUCAAGCUAGUUUAUCUCCAAUGUCUGAAAGCACCCUCAGCAUUGCUAUUGGCAGUUCUGUUAUCAAUGGUUUGCCUACUUAUAAUGGACUUUCAAUAGAUAGGUUUGGUUUAAAUAUUCCUUCACCUGAACAUCCAAAUACGAUUGAUGUGUGUAAUACUGUUGAUAUAAAAACUGAGGAUCUGUCGGACAGCUUGCCACCUGUCUGUGACACAGUAGCCACUGAUUUAUGUUCCACAGGCAUUGAUAUCUGCAGUUUCAGUGAAGAUAUAAAACCUGGUGAUUCUCUGUUACUGAGUGUUGAGGAAGUACUCCGCAGCUUAGAAACUGUUUCAAACACAGAGGUUUGUUGUCCCAGUUUGCAGCCGAACUUGGAAGCCACUGUAUCUAAUGGACCUUUUUUGCAGCUUUCUUCCCAGUCUCUCAGCCAUAAUGUUUUUAUGUCUACCAGUCCUGCACUUCAUGGAUUAUCAUGUACAGCAGCAACUCCGAAGGUAGCAAAAUUGAAUAGAAAACGAUCCAGGUCAGAAAGUGACAGUGAGAAAGUUCAGCCACUUCCAAUUUCUACCAUUAUCCGAGGCCCCACGCUGGGGGCAUCUGCUCCUGUGACAGUGAAGCGGGAGAGCAAAAUUUCUCUUCAACCUAUAGCAACUGUUCCGAAUGGAGGCACGACACCCAAACUCAGCAAAACUGUACUUUUAUCUGCUAAAAGCAUGAAAAAGAGUCAUGAACAUGGAUCUAAGAAGUCUCACUCUAAAACCAAGCCAGGUAUUCUUAAAAAGGACAAAGCGGUAAAGGAAAAGAUUCCUAGUCACCAUUUUAUGCCAGGAAGUCCUACCAAGACUGUGUACAAAAAACCCCAGGAAAAGAAAGGGUGUAAAUGCGGGCGUGCUACUCAAAAUCCAAGUGUUCUUACAUGCCGCGGCCAACGCUGCCCUUGCUACUCUAACCGAAAAGCCUGCUUAGAUUGUAUAUGUCGUGGCUGCCAAAACUCCUAUAUGGCCAAUGGGGAGAAGAAGCUGGAGGCAUUUGCCGUGCCAGAAAAGGCCUUGGAGCAGACCAGGCUCACUUUGGGCAUUAAUGUGACUAGCAUUGCUGUGCGUAACGCAAGUACCAGCACCAGUGUAAUUAAUGUCACAGGGUCCCCAGUAACAACGUUUUUAGCUGCCAGUACACAUGACGACAAAAGUUUGGAUGAAGCUAUAGACAUGAGAUUCGACUGUUAAAUCAGUGGGUCUUUAAACCUACCUCUGGUAGGUAAAUAGCUACAGUUCUACGGCAGCUAUGGUUCUGUGGGUUUAACUUGCCGGAGCUCCUGCAUAUAGAUCACUUGUAUCAAGUGUUUUCAUUGCUAAGUUAUAUGUGUUAGUGUCGGGGAAAUAGUUUGCAGAUAAUGGAGGAGUAACCCUACAACUAUAUGUUCUUAGUUCUUACAGAACCUCAUAGAUGGAGAACAAAUGCUGAUGCAACUGAUUUAUACAGAAUGAACUUUGGCAAGGAAAAUAACAUUAACCUCAUUGUCUAAGGUCAUGCUUUGUGCAUAAUCAAAGUUUAUGAUUUAAGUGUAAGGAAGUGGUAUCUAGUCAGUCCAUAAAGAUUGUGCAAUUUUUUUGUGGAAUAAAGUAGCCAUUAGUUUAUUCAGGAGACAGUGCUGCUUUUAGAUGCUGCAUUGUUGUUUCUCCUGUAGAGAAGCUGAUGUGUCCAGCUCAAUCUUUGUGCUGACAAUACCAUUUCUGAUCAUGAAAAUUGGCUACUGGUGUAUGUAGCAGUUCUUAAAUCAGCAGUAUUAUGAAAGAAAAUUCCCCCAUUAGAAUGUUUUAAGAAAUCUGUCUUUUUAAAAGGUAAACAAACUGAAAUUCUGUCAGAUUACAAGUGUUUAGCUGUUUAUGCUUUAAAUUUAUGAAUUCAGCCCCUUUUAGUUGUCUGACUCAUUUUAAGGGGGAAAAUCCUAAAUUCUUCCUUCCCUGAGCAGUGUCUUAAUUGGAUUACUAAAGUGAAGAACAGCUUUAUUCUGAAUGUAAUUGAGUUUAGAUUAUAUAGCAUAUGACAGAACUUUUAAAAAAUUAUAAAAAGAUUUUACUUAGAAAUUGAGAUUAAUAAUUUCUGGAAUAAUGCUCCCGAACUUACCUAGAUUUAUGCAUUAUAUUUACUGUUAUUGGUCACUUUGAUUUUUAUUUCCUCUAUUUGACACAGACUUUUUCUUGAAUAUGCUCCUAUUAUUUUUAGGGUGCUAUUCAUUAUGAAGGCUUCUUUAUUGAAGUCUAAUGAAGACGUCUUUUUAUGAAGCCUGUGCGUUUAGGUAGGUUUACAGCUUGGAGGGUUUGCUUUAGAAUGCUCUUUUGCAUGUAAAGCACAAACUGUGUUUCAGUUUUAAUGUACUUCUUCCUGUUAAUUUUUAUGGGGAAGACAAACAUUCUGUUGAAGGGAAAUCUAGUUGGUUGAAAGAGCACAGCCCAAGUCAAACAAGGACUGACUAGAUGGAAAGAGAUAAUUUAAAAGAGUUGCUGCUUUGACAGUGCUUAUUUUAAGGAAAAUACUGCUGGAAAAGUUAAAAUUUCUACUAUGUUCACCAUCUCUAGUGAGAUCUGAUAUGUUGAAGUUAUGUUUUGAUUUGGCACACAGCAUGUUCAAUGAUGGUUACUCGCCUCGUACAAGAUGUGGAGAAGAAUCCUUUGGACACAGAGCAGAUGACACCUCCUGUUUUGUAGUGUAUCCUGGUGUCAUUUUCUGUGAAUGUGGUCAGGUAGAGUUGUUUUUGUUGUUGUCAUUGGGCUUUUAAAAAAAAAUUUUUUUUUUUGGUCUCUUUUGGUGGGGUGGGGGUGGGCUAAAGCCAUAGGAAGAAAAAUGUGAUGUGUGUGUCCAGUAUGUACUAUUUUGUUUUUGUUUUGCAAGAAGAGUUGAACUAUUUUUGAUAACAAGAGUAAAUGGUGGAAAAUGCUUCUUAGUUGUCUUGUCUUUAUUUGCUUACCAAGUUUUGAAAUCUUAUUUAAAUUCCUUUAAGUGUUAGCUGUGUCUUAUGAAACAUGUAUUUACCUAAAGUUUGUAACAGUUUGUGUUGAACCCAGAUGCCCUGCUAUACAAACUUGUAAAUCUGUUUUUUUAUUCACUAAUGAUCACUGAAAAAAUGACUAGAGAUAAGAUUGUACACAAUGAUUAGGAUAUAUUUUGCAAAUAUCCCAAACUUUCCUAAUAUUAUGACCUUAAGACUCAUAGAUUACUUCAUUGCUUCCCAAAUUUGAUAAUCUUACCUUUGUGUUUUUUGAUGCAUGGGAGGUUGGCAAUACAGACAAAAGUGGAAAUCAGUAUGUGAGGACCUUGAUUGUUAUGUAAUAUUGCCAAUGAUGAAUUCAGGUUGUUUUUAGCACAAGUUUCUCUUUUUUAUGCUGGUAUUCUCACUGCCACAUUUUUGGAAACCUGUAUUACACCUAAAAUCUAUCAAUAAAUGAUAGUUUUCUAAUUCUA